CGGGGUUCUUCUUGGGGGGGGGGCUCCGGCGAAACUGAGCUCCGGCGAAAGAGCGGGGGAAGGAGGAGGAGGAGGAGAUGUCGGACCUGGACAGGCAGAUAGAGCAGCUGAAGCGAUGCGAGCCCCUGAAGGAGUCGGAAGUCAAGGCUCUCUGCCUCAAGGCCAUGGAAAUCCUCGUCGAAGAGAGCAACGUCCAGCGCGUCGACGCUCCCGUCACUAUAUGCGGAGACAUUCACGGUCAGUUCUACGAUAUGAAGGAGCUCUUUAAAGUCGGAGGCGAUUGCCCCAAGACCAACUACUUAUUUCUGGGAGAUUUUGUUGACAGGGGAUUUUAUUCCGUCGAGACGUUCCUACUUCUGCUUGCUUUGAAGGUGAGAUACCCUGACAGAAUAACACUGAUUCGAGGAAACCAUGAAAGCCGGCAGAUCACUCAGGUCUAUGGCUUCUACGAUGAGUGCUUGCGAAAAUAUGGCUCUGCAAAUGUGUGGAGAUAUUGUACCGACAUCUUUGAUUACUUAAGUUUGUCAGCGCUCAUUGAGAACAAAAUCUUCAGUGUCCAUGGUGGUCUCUCUCCUGCCAUAUCCACAUUAGAUCAGAUUCGGACAAUUGACCGCAAGCAAGAAGUACCUCAUGAUGGUGCAAUGUGCGAUCUCUUGUGGUCCGAUCCUGAGGAUAUUGUUGAUGGAUGGGGUUUGAGCCCCCGUGGUGCUGGUUUCCUAUUCGGUGGAAGUGUCGUGACUUCCUUUAAUCACUCUAAUAACAUUGACUAUAUAUGCCGUGCACAUCAGUUGGUGAUGGAGGGAUAUAAAUGGAUGUUUAAUGACCAAAUUGUGACAGUCUGGUCAGCUCCAAAUUACUGUUACAGAUGUGGUAACGUAGCUGCCAUUCUGGAGCUCGAUGAGAACUUGAACAAACAGUUUCGCGUUUUUGAUGCUGCACCGCAGGAAUCAAGAGGCACUCCUGCGAAAAAACCGGCUCCAGAUUACUUCCUUUGAUUUUAUCUGUGAAGAUUAACUUUUUUACACAUCCAAGAUGAUUUGCAUUCAUGUUGAAGAUGGUCAGAUGCGCCAUUCCGUUAAGCCGGUGCAUUGGGUACUUCAUCACCAGCUCCUACAGGCAGGGUUUGCGUAUGAUCAUCUGUUUGGGUUGUUGGUUUUGCCUCAAAAAAAAAAAAGAAAAAAAUCACAGGCUUCUACCGUCUGUAAUGUUUUGAUAGUGUGUAUUUACUAGCGGUGUAUUAGAGACCCACCCGAGAAGAGAACCGUCAUUCUUGUUUGGUUAGGAUAUGGAGUCACAGGAUCAGUGCUUCCGUUGAAAGAAAAAUAUUGAAAGCUGGACAUCUCAGAGGAAUUUCUCAUGAACAUUAAUUUUUGGGAAGAUUUCCCAGAUUCAUUCUUGUUUUGUCUUUAGGAGGAAAUAAGAUUUAUGGUGUCCAUUGUUGAC